AAUAAGCGAUUUCCCCUAACAAGAAGAAGCAAAACAAAUAGACAGAUAAGGCAGGAAAGGAAGACAGAAGAGCUGCGUAUAUAUUUUCUUGCAUGUUAAGCCUCUGGAAGACUCCCAGAGCAGCCACAAGAAGAAGAAUCAGCUCUCUCCGCCUCCCUCUUCCCUCCCUUCACACUCCUCCUCUGUCUCACCCGCACUCUCAGCCAUCCAUGAGUGUGACCAACUCCUCAGCCUAUCGAUCGGAGCGUAGUUUCCACCAGACUUCAUCCUCAUCCUCGUCCUCGUCCUCGUCCUCUGGUAACCCAUACAUGGAGAAGAGCCGGGGACUGUUCACUGAGGACUUUGGCUCCUUCAUGAGGCCUGGGAGCGACGCCUUGGGGUUUUCCAGUGGAGCUGGAAAUAUCAAGGCUCUCGGGGAUUCAUACCAGUUCACAGUUGAUGUGCGAGACUUCUCCCCCGAAGACGUCAUCGUCACCACUUCCAACAACCAGAUCGAAGUUCAUGCAGAGAAGUUGGCCCAGGAUGGUUCAGUGAUGAACACUUUCACGCACAAGUGCCAACUACCCGAGGAUGUGGACCCCACCUCAGUGACGUCAUCACUGGGCGCCGAGGGGACCCUAACAGUCAAGGCACGGCGACACCCGGCCAAACACGAGCUCGUACAGACCUUCCGCACGGAGAUCAAGAUCUAGAUAGGGACCCGCUUCCUCGUCACAAACCUCUCACCUUUUUGUGUUUUUAUGCAACUUUCUCCAUUUCCUGUCUCCACUCAAACCAUUCUACUUCAAACACUCAGAGAGUUGGCACUGUGCCGAGUUCUCCCUCCAUGACUGCAACAACGGCUGCUCAUCACUCCUCACUACUACUGCACAUUUAAAUUCUGAGUUAGCUCACCAUACACCAUAGCAGUAUGUCACACCUGCACAUAGCAUUUGAGACACAGGGGCUUGGACGUGUACAGCAUGUGGACAAAGACACACAAACACACACAAAGAAAUAAACUGAGCACUCACUCCUGCCCUCUAACACAGGCCUAAAACUGAAGACUCACCUCUGAAAUUAAUGGUUGUCACGUUAAUAAUAAUUUAUUGUAUAUUAUUAAUUGUGUGAAUAAAAUUCUCCUGCUUUGACAAUAAACAUGUUGAUGGGUUUUUU